AUGGCGUCGGAUCACACGCAAAUCAUGCAGGGAGUGGAGCUGCCUCCCUUCAGGAACUUUCAUGAAUUUCUCCUCGAAACCGAUCGAUAUGAGGUGACUAACCCAAUCUGUCAGCAUGGAAAGAAUUCUAAAAAGUUUCAGAAACCGCCAUUCAACGACUUCAAAAAGUGGAACAACAGAAUCCUCUCCAACCUGAUCUACUUCCAAACGAAUUACUUCGCCGCCACCAUCACUCUCUUCCUUCUGCAAACAUUCUUCUACAGCCAGGACGUCUUCAUCGGACUCAUCGCCAUUGUCUCUGUUGUUGCAACUCUCAUCCUGGCUAUUUCCACUGAUUCCAACAUAAAGAAGGUAAGCUCAAACUGACAGCUCCGUGAUUCGUCCAAGUGACUGAUAAGGAAUGUGCCACUCUAGAAUUUCACGUACAUGAUAAGAAAAGUGUCGUUCAAGUGAACAUUUUAAAUUGGAAAUGAUUGUUCAGAUGCGAACAGACCAUCCGUUGGUGACCCUCGGAGGCAUCAUUCUCGUCGCCUACUUCUUCAUUUCCGUCUUCCAAUCGGUCCUCGUCGUUCUUUUCGCGUGAGUGUCGGGAGGGAUUUUAACUUCAAUUUUGAAGUGAUCCUUUCAACAGACUGAUGUGUUUCGCUGCUGUUUUAUACUGAAACAUUACAACACUGCCGGAUAUAGAAGGCGUGCAAGAGAGUCCAUAAAGUUCGAUGAGUGUGUCAGAAUUCGAGCCAACUGAGACCCACUCUGUUUAAUGGGAAUUAACUGAACAGAUUUGCUGUUUGAGCUGAUAUUUAAUGCAUUGAAAAAGUAAAGGCAAAGGUUAGAAAAGGUCGAAAAGGACCAGGAAGAAAAAAUAUGAAUAAUUUAGCAGUAGUUGAUACAAUUCAAUGGAAGGUCACUUCAAGUUUCACAAUUCGCAUGCUCAAAAAAUGAUCUUUUCAAGAAUUCUGACCAAAAAGAUUAACUUGUCAGUGAAAGCGUAAUUGUUUAGAUGUAGACUUCCUUGAAUUCUGACGACGUGCCAGAACGUAAUGAAGGUUUCGUAAAACGGAUUUCGUAUUCGAAAACGAACAUCUUGACGCAUAAUUCGAAAUUCUGAGAAUAUGCCGUAGUUGUGUCUUUUUCAGGCUGCUCUUCCCGGUGUUCCUUGUGCUCCUGCACGCCUCUUUCCGGCUCCGUGGCGUCGCUAAUCGUGCCGCGAACGCGAAGGAACAACUGAGAUCGACUGUAAUGGGACAAAUCCUCAACCGAACUGGACUCAGCGUACAGAUGUAA